AGUGAAACCCUCCCAUAGAGGUGAGAGCGCAGAUGUCAUGAGAAAAGCGACCACACGACCAGAGCACAACGACCGACGCACCGACCGACCUCAGCCAGCCUCCAUGCGCCCCAGUCUGGGAUGCUUUUAGCGCAGAGACGCCUCCACUCAGGGCAGCCAGUGGACGUCGACGCAGAUCAUCAACACUUAUUUCGUUGUUGUUGUUAUUUUUAACCGAGGAUCUUCCCCCCCCAGCAUCCCCCACCCCCUUUUAAGUGUUUGUGUUUGUUUCUUCAUGACUGCUGCUUUGGGAAGCGAGCCUCAGCACCAGCUCCAGCAACGCCAACACCAUGCGAGCCCAAAUCGAAGUUAUACCUUGCAAAAUCUGCGGAGACAAAUCAUCAGGUAUCCACUAUGGAGUCAUUACGUGUGAGGGAUGUAAGGGUUUCUUCAGACGGAGUCAGCAAAACAAUGCAUCCUACUCCUGCCCCCGUCAGAGGAACUGCCUCAUCGACAGAACAAACCGUAACCGCUGCCAACACUGCCGCCUGCAGAAAUGUCUCGCCCUAGGAAUGUCCAGAGAUGCGGUAAAAUUCGGCCGCAUGUCCAAGAAGCAACGUGACAGCCUGUAUGCAGAGGUCCAGAAGCACCAGGCACGACUGCAGGAGCAGCGGCAGCAGCAGACAGGCGAAGCAGAAGCUCUGGCACGUGUUUACUCUUCCAGCCUAACCAACGGACUGUCCACCCUUAACCAUGAGAUUGGGGGCACCUAUGCCAAUGGCCACGUAAUUGAGCUGCCCAAGGGUGGCCAUGGUAACGGAGUUGGAGUCCCAGGGGGUUAUUAUGGGAUGGACUCCACCCAGCCGUCUCCAGACCAGUCAGGUUUGGACAUGUCGGGCAUGAAGCAUAUUAAGCAAGAGCCAGUGUACGACCUGACGCCAGUACCCAACCUGUUCAGCUACGGAGGCUACCAGGACAGUCAGCUGGGACACAAUAAUGUCAGCAUGGGAGAGCUGGACCGUAUUGCUCAGAAUAUCAUCAAGUCCCACUUGGAGACAUGUCAGUACACAACAGAAGAGCUGCAGCAGCUAGCCUGGCAGACACACUCCUAUGAAGAGGUCAAGAUGUACCAGAGCAAGCCCCGGGACGUGCUGUGGCAGCAGUGUGCCAUCCAGAUCACCCAUGCAAUCCAGUACGUGGUGGAGUUCGCCAAGCGCAUCUCAGGGUUUAUGGAACUGUGUCAGAAUGACCAGAUCCUCCUGCUCAAGUCAGGUUGUUUGGAGGUAGUCUUGGUGCGGAUGUGCAGGGCGUUCAACCCUCUCAACAACACGGUGCUCUUUGAAGGGAAGUAUGGUGGCAUGCAGAUGUUCAAAGCUCUAGGUUGUGAUGACUUAGUGAGUGCAGUGUUUGACUUUGCCAAGAGUUUGUGUUCACUGCAGCUGACAGAGGAGGAGAUCGCUCUGUUCUCAGCAGCUGUACUAAUUUCCACAGAUCGGCCGUGGCUGAUGGAGCCUCGGAAAGUCCAGAAGCUCCAAGAGAAGAUCUACUUUGCUCUGCAGCACAUUAUGCAGAAGAACCACAUGGACGAAGAUGCAUUGGCUAAGCUGAUCAGCCGAAUCCCAACAUUGUCAGCCCUGUGCACGCUCCAUACCGAGGAGCUCCAGACCUUCCAGCAGCUCCACCCAGAAACAGUCAACGUCCUCUUCCCUCCACUCUACAAAGAACUCUUCAACCCUGACCCCAACUCUGCCAUGGCCAUGCCCAAGUGACUGACUGUGGGCCCAAUGGAACAAACGGAGUCAGCGGAGGACCAAGAAAAUAAGAAAGCUACGUCCAACAAGAUGACAGAGGCUGUGUCGACUAUGUCAUCAUCGUGGCAUUCACAAAUUCCUGUGCUCCCCCAGCCUCAUUUUAAGCUGGGGGGUGAGGAGUCAUCUGCCAGAAACUUACAGUUACCGCCAACAAUACUAGGAAUGUCCAGCACUUAUUCCAUCCUGUUCACCGAUACAGUCUGAAGAAUGUAUAUAUAAAUGAAACGCGCCCCAAGCCACAACCUAUGUGGGGCUUCCUCCUGUCUCCUGAACUGAACUGACAGACCAGAAAUGUACAGACUUUAAAAAACAUCUAGGAACAUUUUUAAGGUGUUAAUCUAUAAAAAGAAAUUGGGUAAGUUAAUUUGUUUUAACUUAAAAAAAAAAAAAACUUUUUUGUUUGAUUUUUUUUUGUUCACCUGAAGAAAUUGUGAAGAAGCUGGACGGGGGAGGGAACUUAGAGAAGCUAUUGUAGAUAUUCUUCUAGUGCAGAGCGGAUUCCAGUAUUACUUCUUGUUCUGUUAAAAUAAGUUAGUCCUAAUUUAAAUAUACAGUACAGCAGUCCACUGUGGCGGACUAUACCUUGUCUAUGUUUUUUUUUUAUUUGAUAGUUUCUUGUGUACAGAAUUUGUAAAGUUGAGACUUGUAAAAGAAUAUUGGGUAAAAACGGGAGUCGAUUUUGGGUUUUGUUGAUAUAUAGAAGCCUUGUCUGGAUUUUGUUCAUAUGUAAAGAAGGUAUUGCAUCCUUCUGAUGAGAACUUAUAGUAAUGUAAAGAGAGCAUAUGAAGGAUUUAAAAAGAAAAUAAUGGCUACUACUUUUCAAGGUGAAGAUAUAUACAUAAAUAUUCUAUUUUGCAAGUAAAAGAAUCUGGCAGAUUUGCCGUCCUAUCAAUCAUUUUUUUCUCGCUGCAAUAAUUAUGUCCAACAAAAGUUGGGCUGCUUUCGAACAAUCAACCAGAAACAAUCAAUCAGAAGCUAGGACCUCACAAUAAACGCGGCCUCUUCCCAAACCCCCUCCCCCUGCCCCUUACUUCCUAUGUAUUAGAGCCUUGACAUUAGAUUUCAGCAGACAGAAGGGGUAAGAAAUCACAAUGAAGAAGUGAAUAAAAAUUCCCCCAAACAUAAAAAAAAAUGUACUCACAACUUGCCAAUCUUCAUAAAACUGUGUGAGUGCUGUAUGCCCUCAUCCCUCCCAUCACUAUUUGCACAAUCCAGUUAGUGGACGUCAAUCACUCGAGGCUGUGAAUAUGAAGGACCCUUUUCUCUAAAGAGCAAUAACUUUCUCACUGCCUUUCUGAUCUUACUCCUCCCCUUUUCUCCUAUUACCAUGUUCAGCUGUUCAAAACAGGGUAGCAGUUUUAACUAGAAUGCACUAUAUUGUACUCUCGAUCAUUAGUUAUCUGUAACAAUCGUCACCUUCGUCUGGAUGGCACUCAUUCCACCACAGACUCUGCAGUGUUUUUAAUGUGACACAACAUGAUCUUGAGUUAGGACAUAACACAGAGCACUGACCGAAAGAUGUGAAGAAAUGCAGACUAGCUUCUUUUACAUCUUUUAAAGCUACAAUAUUGCAUUGACAAAUCCAACAGGAAGCUGUAAUAGACAAUCAUGUUUGUGCUUUUUUGUUCAGUCAUCCCAUAAUAAUUAUCAUUUGUCUGUUUUGUUGCUUUUCUACAUUAAUGUUAUGCUGUUUAGCGUUUGGCUACUGCGCUUUUAUACCAUCUGAGCACAGUUGUUAGUCAUCACUGUUUUUUGUGGUGAAGGAACAAUUUGACAAAUCAUUGAGGAUGCACAUGUUUUUUUUUCACAGUUCUGCAUUUAGCCCCUUGAUGUAAAGACAUGAUAUGAUGACAAAUCUCCAACUGAAGAGCUUCCUUUAAAAUGAGCUAUUUACCAAAAUAAGUGACCCACUACACAAUAGCAGCACAAAAUUAAUCAGCCGAUGGUACAUUUUGAUAUAAGAUUGCACUUAAGACUUUUACCUCGGCUUUAAUUAUUAUGAUUUGAGGUUAUUUAUGCACUAAACAUGGAAGUCUGCGUUAGGUUGUCUGUUGUUUGCAAAUGUUCAUUGCACAGUGGCCAAAUAUUCAACUUGCUAAAAGCACGGACACAGUCAGAGUAGUUGUGCAUUCAUUCACAUUAAAAACACCAUUGAACCAUUUUCACCCUUCAUACACAUAUGUUUUCGCCACAUGUUGAACAAAACAAUGUCGACAGCAUGAUCAUUAAUGUUAAACAUUAGUGAUCUGCUCACAUGCAUCUGUUCCACAUUGUGUCCCCAGAUCAGAGGCCAGUGACUCUGAAGACAAUCACUUGCUCAUUAAGGCUCGAUGCACUACACGGCAUCUCUCAGGGAGCAGCUCUUUUUCUGACUUUGCAUUAAAAGAGGGUUUAAUAUUUUUGCAAAUUUACAAACAUUUAAUUAUGAAAGAAUAACUUUUUAGGAUAAAAAUGGCAUACGCCACCAACGUAUGCUGGCAAUGGAAUCUGCCCAGACAAGGCUUUGAUAAGUGUGUGUAUGUGUGUAUGUGCGUAUAGAGCAUGAAUUCACUGUCCAAAUCUCUUUAUAGCCCAGACUAUAUGACAAGCAUUGUUACAAAGCACAUGAAGAAAAACUAAAAAUAUAUAUAUAGUGUAUGUCAGUGUGCUCUUGUCACCAAUGUACACUCAUGUUUACUGCUUAUUUUGCUGCUUUCCGGACAGUGGAGGAAGUCCACUAGUAAGCUGUGAAUCAAGCGCCAUCGCAACGCCCCUGGGACAGUGAAUUCCAACUCUGAAUAUGAAGUUUUUCUCUGUGAUGUUUUUAUUUUCCCUUGUUAGACUGUGAAUCAGAAGGGUGGGAUGGGGUAAUGAGAGGGGAUGUGCUGGCAAGAACGAGUGGCAACGCAACACUGUAAGUAAGAUACUGUAGCAAUAAGAACUGGAGGCAUUUACUACUGUCAUGUUUGCAAUGUAAGAUUAUUUUUUAUUUUAUUACUAUUUACUAUUAUUAUUGUUCUUAUUAUGACUACUAUUCUUCUAUUACUAUUAGCCUAUUGUUGUUCUGUUCUAUUUGCAUGACGUUUCAUUGCAAUGAAACAUUUGGGGCUUAUUUGUGUUUUCUCUUCUCAUGAUGGUGUGAGUUUCGUGGGAGGUGUUAUUGGCAGGGUGGGCGGUGGGUUUAGGGCAAAUUCCACGUCAAUUCAGUCAGUUCAAAGCAACUUUUUUUUCACAAGCUGAAAGAAUUUUUAAAUAAAAUGCUCUUAUUUAUACACAACCACUUUAAAAUUUGUUCUUCGAUUUGAAAUGAUUUUUUUUUCUCAACCUUUGAAUGUGUGAGUUGGUAUAACCGGUCAGUGAACGGGCCUUUCUGAACUGGCCUUAUUGAACCGGAUCAGAGACCCUUAACCUGCGGCGGGAGGGAACAAGGUGGGGAGGUUAAUCUAUUCUGAAUGUUAUGGAGUAUCUUGUUCAGUGUGAGGGGCUGAACACAUCAUGCGCCUUUACCACGCCAUCAACACAGACCGACAUCGCAGAGCGCACAAUAAUACCAGUCGUCGUUCCACGUGACGGCUGGGAACAAUUUUUAAUACAUUUCCUACACUUAGUCAAAUACACUCCACCCCAAACCUCCUCCUCCCUUCCCUGAGAAAACCUGUGUGUGUGUGCGUGUGUGUGUGUGUGUAAGGGAGAGAAUGAGACGUUUGCUCUACCAAUGCUUUGUAAACUUUCUUGAUGCAUUACACGUGCGUGCAAUUGGAGUAGUGUUGAAAAUUGUUAAUUUAUUGUUUAGAAUGUCUUUGCAUCCCAGCAAGAGCAAAUAAAACAAAAUGUAGCAAUCUGUAACUGAAACCUAAAAGGUGUUCGGGCUACAGAACUUCUUUUACACAGGACUAAAAAAAAUCAAUAAACUUUUUUGUUUGUUUGUUUUCAAAGUGCCAUAGCUAGUAAGGGAGGAGUGAUUGGCAGAGUGCGGCGUAGAUGCUUUACUGUGUGUGUUUACUUAAGAAACCAAUCAAAAAAGGGGAACUCCAAGGAAACUGUGUAUCUGAUUACACUGACGACCCGUUUUUACAUUUUAUGCUUUUUUCCAUUUGGCGAGACUGGACUCUGCCAGACUCUGAACACUGACUUUACUAUAAACUCAUAAGCUCUGCUGUAUAUUUUUUAUUUUCAUGUGAGAAUGAAAGAGUGUAUGUGCGUGUGUGCAUGCAUUCAUUUGCAUUAAAAAGAGCCACAAACGCCCAAAUUUGAUGGAUCAGAUCGGGUUGAAGUUCAAAGCUAUGCAGGGCCCUUACUGAGUCCUUCUUUGAGAUGUAUAUACAAUGUGAAGGUCUGAAGUGAUUUUUGUUAAAUUCUAUAUUUUAUCGCUUUUGUAGACAUUUUGUUGUGGGAAGAAAAAAAAAUAAAAGAAAUUUUAUGGGUGCA